AUGAAGCUCAUCACUUCGAUUGCUGCUGCCGUUGCGGCUUGCGGCGUCACCGUUUCCGCCAAUGUCGCCACGUCACCGACUUGGGGUUAUCAUAAUAGGGAUGCAAGUAUCAUUAGCACCUCCGAGUGGCACACCACCUGGGCGGCAUGCGGCGGCAACCGUCAGUCUCCCAUUGACAUCAACACGACUGCAUCUACCAGCAGUACGAAUAACGUUCCGCUUGUGUUCCAUGGAGACUGUCCAACGUUCAAUCUGGCACAUCCCCACGAACCGCUCGAGGUGAGCGUCGUUCCAGGAGGCAACUGUGGCGUGUCGCUGCGCGAUCAGGUCUACGACAUGAAGCAAUUUCACAUGCAUUCUGUUUCCGAGCACACCAUCAAUGGAAAGCACAUGGACGCCGAAAUUCACUUUGUGCACGUGGCCAGCGAAAGCAAGGCACUUCUGGUCGUGGCUGUCUUUCUCGAUAUUGGCCCGGUUUCGGACGAAUGGCUGGGUCCCGUUCUGGACGCUUUGGACCAGGUCAACUGUACUACUACAAAGCGCGAUGCCAUCAUCGUUAAUCUAAGCUCCUACUCUACGAUGAUAAGCAAGGCCGCGGCGAUUGGUGGUGUCUACAACUAUGCUGGCAGCCUUACGAUUCCUGGUUGUGAAGAGAACGCUGACUGGUGGGUGGUGGAGAGCCCGAUCAAGAUCUCCUCCAUUGACUUUGGCCGUCUUCACCAAGACUUAGUCGAGUACCCUAUUACGGACGACGGCAACAACGCUCGUCCGGUGCAGCCUCUGAAUGGCCGUGUUGUCACUCGCUACAUAAACUGA